GGGCAUGCUUAUAAAAAGUUAGAAUGCACUCUGCUCGGACAGAGUGUAAGAUCCUUCGAUCUACCUAGAGGCAGUGCCCGAGAACUCGCUGAAUCUGCAAGAAAUUUCUGUAGCACAUUUGGAAGGCCACAUCCCUUGCAAUUUAUACUGAGUUGGAUUGAGCUUCAAGCAUGAGAAUGACUUCUGUUUCCCUAAGUUGGACUUUACUGCUUGUGGCGCUUUUCAUAAUGACAAAACGUUUCGCUUCGACGCGUGGAGCCCCUUGCCAUAAUGACACCCGAGGAUCCCUGAAAGAAAUACAGAAACAACUUGGACGGCUUCAAUUGCAAGUUAAAAUUCUAAAGGAAAACAAAAGAACAAGGAUAUCCAAGAACUGUGCUGAGCUGUAUAAAUCCGCUAUGAGAGUCAGCGGUGUCUAUACAAUCGACCCUGAUGGUUCUGGUGCCUUUGAUGUAUACUGUGACCAGACAACAAGUGAUGGGGGGUGGACUGUAUUUCAAAGAAGACUUGAUGGCUCUGUCGAUUUCAACCGCACCUGGGAUGAAUACAAAUAUGGCUUUGGCAAUUACCUCAAAGGAGAGUUUUGGCUCGGAUUUGACAAGAUCCGUCGCCUGACAAGAAAUGAAACAAAAAAUAGACUCCGAGUGGAUCUUGGAGUAGCCCCUAAUAAAGCGGUGCACACUGAAUACGAGUGGUUUGGAUUAGGAGAAGAAAAAGAUAAGUACAGGUUGAGCCUUGGAAAUCUAUCGGAAGGCUCGACAGUUAACGAUUCUCUCCACCCUCAUAUGGGCCUGUCUUUUAACACAUGGGACAAGAAUGAUUGCGCUUCUUCUGAUCGCAUGAAUAUUGGAGGAGGAUGGUGGUACAUGAGUAAAAAGAGCUGUUCUUUUGCCUCAAAUCUCAACGGUGUUUAUCGAGGGGACGGAAGGGGAAAGUUUCAUUGGGGAUUCUUAGUUCCUGACGAGCCAGAACUCACCACUCCCCAAACAUCAGAAAUGAAAAUCAGACCAGUUGACUAUUCGUAGAUUUUUUUUUCUUCACGAAUUAUUUUGGCCACGAAUAUAUUUUGCUAGGAAGUUUGAUGGGGUUGGAAGGCAGAGAAAAGAAAUAAAGGAGACUAGCUGGUGAACUAUAUAAGACCAUAAGAGGCAGCGAAGCCUUGUUUUAUUAAUGGCAUCUUCACAAGGCAACUCUUUAAGUGAACCAGUUUUGUCAGUCGCUUUUCCUUCAUACCAAGCUUUAUCAUUAUAAGCUACUAGCAUGUAUCUAAGGCGAUUCGUUGUUGAUAUUCUCCUUUUUUCACGAAAUCUAAAUAAUUAGAUGUUAAUAUCGCUAAUACCUUGGUAUUAACGUUAGAAACGACCCUGUUAAUGUUGACUGGGAUAUAUUAUAUCGGUAAAGAGUGCUCUACCCUUCCGAGCAACCGGAGACACAAAAUCCCCGCGUCGAGAGUUGAAUUUCUGACCAAUUUUCUGAAUAUUGUUGUUGAUGUUUUUUUAUUUUGUUUUUGUUGUUUUGUUUUUGGUUCUUGUGUGAACUGUAUCACCUCAAAUGGCUCAGAACAAUUCUAUUUAACUCCCUAAUCUACUUUUUUCCUCAGGAAAAAAAAAAUGAGCGCACUUUCCGGUCAAAAGCCUAAAAGAUUGUCAUUGCUUGAUGAGUUCUAUGACUACUAUUUUUAAUAUAGACUUUCUAGACACAUGAUCAUGAUCACUAGGAAUAUUGGGAGGUGGUGGCGUAAACCUUCUGCAAGGGGAACAAGCAAUCAUGGCGUAGUUUGUUUGUUUUUUUUUGGUACCUGUUUUGCUUGCCCUUUAUCAAUCGAUAUAAGAUCAUAACUCUUUUUAACGUUAAGAGAAUAUCAACUCUAAUAAUCUAUUGUUUUCGUAUAACUGUAACUGCCAACUGUUUUUAGUCUUUAGUUUACCUACUGCACAUCGGCGUUGUUUUUAUGAGUGAAAAGGCGAGAUUCAUUAGCAGCCAUUCGUUCUUACUGAAGUGGGUUAGAUAAAAGUUUUGUUCGACUUUUUGAUGACAUUAACUGCUUUAUCCUAUAAGGUUGUAGUUUUAAGAAAAUGAACGACACUUUUUAAAAACAUUUUUCGACAGUUCUUCUGUCAUCUUCAGUUCUGAAUGAUACAAAGUUCAACGUUGAAUUCAAAUGUUGAUUGGACAAGACAAACAUUGGUAACAGAAUAACCAAUGCAUUUACAAGGAAAGUUUUAAAUUAACAUUAUAAAGUUGAUGAUUAGGUGUAGGUUUCUCCCCUUGAAUGUGGAUAGCUUCUUUGAUUUUAAGUUGAAAAGUUGUGGAAGCGUGAUCUACAAAAUUCUCUCUAUUAUUCAGAACUGAAGAUGACAGAAGAACUGUCAAAACAUGUUUUUAAAACGUUUGACACCCGAAGAUAUAAACAUAGGCAUGCUAUGCAAGCAAGAAUUACUUUUUGGGGGUGGGUGGAUUACUUGAAACAUUGCAAGUGAUGUCUACAUCUUCAGUUAACAAAAGGAAAGAAGAGUAUCAACGUGGAAAAGAACGAAAAUGGCGAAUUAACUGACACACAGGUAUUUCGUGGUAGAUUGUGUGUGUUGUACGAAUAACUGUAACCAAAAAUAAACUGUAUUGGUGCCACGGAUACCUGUAGGUAAAAAAUGCAGACUGCAGACUGCAGACCGGAUACAAAAUGUAGACUAGGUACAAAAUGUAGAUUGCAGACUGCAGACUGCAAACCGGAUACAAAAUGUAGACUAGGUACAAAAUGUAGACUGCAGACUGCAGAAUGGGUACAAAAUACAGACUGAGAAUCUAAAGAGUUUUUUCGUUUAGUGAUAGCAUGUCAUCUUACAACUUACCGAGCGUCACGCAAUCGCUUUUCCGUGAUCAUCCUUCACGAUUAUUUGCACUACUGUGGAAUAUUCCUGGUCCAUUUCUUGAUCAAAAUCGAUCUUAAUAUAAUUUCAAACCCUCAUGUAGUCUUCUCACUUUGCGCGCGAGUUGGUUGGUAUGAUGUCUGUACAUA